CUCGGCCAGUGAAGUGCCAGUGCAGGAGGCAACUUCAUUUUCAAAUUUGCCUUGCACUCGACCAACAUGCGCGUGCUGAGCCUCCUUCUGCUGUCGCUCGCCGUCUCGGACGCGUUCUGGAUGAACACGCUCGCCAACCAGGUCGCCGCGCUCAUCAAGAAACUCGAGCUCCCAGCGGUGAACAAGGUCAUCGACGACGCCGUGAAGGAGCAGCUGGCGGCCAACGCACUCAUCAAGCGCCAGCCACUCGUGGUGCGCAAGACUGCCAGCGGUGCCCAGACGUACCGCAUUCUCCAAGUGCCCGACUUGCAUUACACCAACUGGGACUAUUUUCCGUGCAUGAACAAGCCCGACGACAUGAAGCAGCUCUGUUUUGAGAAGUACAUGACGGAAAUGCUUACCAAGAUGGUCGACGACACCAAACCCGAUUUUGUCGCGUUCACGGGCGACCAAAUCGAGUCGCUCUGGGUGCAAAAGACUUGGAAGCAGUCGCUGGCGGCGAUCGACACGGCAACCUCGGUCGUCAAUGAGCGCGGCUUGCCGUGGGCCAUGGUCUUCGGCAACCACGACGAAAGCUUGAUUCCGCACCUCUUUUCGAACCGCAAAGUGAUGAUGGCGUACAUCGAGUCGCUUCCGCACUCGUACGCCAAGUACGGUCCCUUCAACAUUGGUGGCGCCGGCAACUACGAAGUCUCGAUCCAAGACGCCAGCGCCGCUGCCGCGAUUCGCUUGUACUUUGUCGACACCAACCGCGACGGGUCCGUGACGCCGGCGCAGGUCAAGCUCAUCAAGGAUCUCGGCGUGAGCCACAAGGGCGAUAACGUGCCGGCAUUGAGCUUCUUCCACAUCCCGCUGCCCGAGUACAAAGACUUCAAGCCCACCAACGAGACGCAGGGUACCAAGCGCGAAGACGUCGCGUCCAACGACCACAACGACGGCCUGUUUGACGCGUUUGUGGCGAACGGCGACGUCAAGGCCACGUUCUGCGGUCAUAACCACCUCAACGAUUUUUGCUUCAAGCGCGACUCGAUCCACUUGUGCUACGGCGGCGGCGUCGGCUACGGCGCGGCGUACAACAAGGGCAACCACCCGCGCACGGGCCGCGUCAUCGAGUGGAACCGCAAUGCGACGGACGAGUCGAUCGAGACGUGGCUCUACUUGCACAACAAGGACAACACGCGCGCGAGCAAGUACUCUGUCUUCCACCGCACGCUCCAGCUGUAAAGAGCGCCUAACUUCUGACCGUCCUCUUGCGUGUUUUGUUCUGCAGAAUAAACCGCUGCAUGUGUUUCCAAGCAUAUAAACGUGUACACUAUUGCCGA